CAUAAUGCGACCUCCCUCGCUUCUUUCCUCUCCCCCCUCCUUUUCUUUCUCUCCCUCGCGCAAGCAAACGCGCCUACUUGAGUGACGUGCCACUCCGCCAAUGGCGCGGCGGGGCAGUCCGAGCCAGACCAAUGGCGGCCCGCGGAAAGGCGCGAGAAAUCGAGGAGGCGGGUCCCCUUAAUAGUUAAAUUUAAGAAGAAAAACCCGCCACCGCUCUUCUCUUUAAUUCUCUCCCUUCCUUGACUUCUUUCUGUGGUGGUGUUGAUUUUUGUGUUUUUCACUCUGUGUGUGUGAGAGAGUGAGAGUGUGUGUGUGAACGGGGGGGGGGGGAGAGUUUGCGCACGCGCAGAGCGAACGAGCGCGAGAGCGGCUGAGGAGGGACUGAGCGGGCUUCUCCCUCCCGCGCUCUCUCCCUUCUUGUGAGGAGAAAAAGGAGGAGGAGGAGGAGGAUCAUCAUCACUGUCGCCGCCGCCGCCGCCCGCUUCUCCCCUUCUGUGUAUCUCCCGCCAUUUUCCCGGCGGCCCUUCUAGCUCCGGAGCCGCCGCUGCCGCCUCCCCGGGGCCUGGUGGCCGGGCGAUGGCGCCGCUACUGGGCCGCAAGCCCUUCCCGCUGGCCAAGCCUUUGCCGCCGCCGGGAGAGCCUCCUGGGGGAGACGAGAAGGAGGUGGCGGAGGAGCGCUUCGUCAUCGCCCACACGCAGGAGGCCUUCCGCACCAGCGAAGAGUAUGAAGCACGGCUGGAGAAAUACAGCCAGCGAAUAUGGACCUGCAAAAGCACCGGAAGCAGCCAGCUGACACACAAAGAAGCCUGGGAGGAGGAGCAGGAAGUCGCUGAGCUCUUGAAGGAGGAAUUCCCAGUUUGGUAUGAGAAACUUGUCCUGGAAAUGGUUCAUCACAACACAAUUUCCUUAGAAAAACUGGUAGACACUUCCUGGCUGGAGAUCAUGACCAAGUUUGCUGUGGGAGAAGAGUGUGACUUUGAGGUUGGGAAAGAAAAGGUGCUGAGAGUAAAAGUAGUAAAAAUCCAUCCUCUGGAGAAGGCGACAGAUGAAGAGGCACCUGAGAAGAAAGCCGACGGGGCCUGUGAUUCGCCAUCCAGUGACAAAGAAAAUUCCAGCCAAGUGGUUCAGGACAACCAAAAGGAGUUGGCACUGAAGGAAGAUGACAGCCGGAGAGAGAGUCUGAGUGACCGGGCACGUCGAUCUCCUCGGAAGCUUCCUACUUCUCUGAAGAAGGAAGAAAAAAAAUGGGUCCCUCCAAAGUUCUUACCGCACAAGUAUGAUGUCAAGCUGCAAAAUGAAGACAAGAUCAUUAGCAAUGUGCCAGCAGACAGCUUAAUUCGCACAGAGCGGCCGCCAAACAAGGAGAUUCUGCGCUACUUCAUUCGCCACAAUGCACUCCGGGCUGGAACAGGAGAAAAUGCUCCUUGGGUGGUCGAGGAUGAGUUGGUGAAGAAAUAUUCACUUCCCAGCAAGUUCAGUGACUUCUUGCUUGACCCAUAUAAAUACCUGACGCUCAAUCCCUCGACCAAGAGAAAGAGCACAUCAUCCCCUGAUCGGAAGCCUUCCAAAAAGCCUAAAUUGGACAGCUCUGCUCCAGGUCAGGGGCUAAGCCCCUCUCUGUGGUGCAGUGUGCACUUGAAUAAGUCUAUUAUGGGCUCUCCGCUGAAAGUCAAGAACUCCAAGAUCCCCACGGAGGAGCUGGAGGAGGUGAUGAAGAUGAUGUCUGCUGGGAAGCUUGGCAACUUCAACAAGAAACGACAGAGGAAUAAGAAGCUGCUGAAUGGGCAGAAGGCUACUGGGAAGUCCCGCUCCCCCAGGAAGGACUCCAAGAUGAAAAUGAAGCAGAUGACACUGCUGGACAUGACGACCAAGGGCACCCCCAAGGUGUCGCGAGCGCCUCGGGGCUCGGGAGGAAGCCCCAGGUCCUCUGGCAAGCCCAAGCACCUCCCACCCGCAGCUCUCCACCUCAUUGCCUACUACAGAGAGAACAAGGACCGUGAGGACAGGAAGAGUGCCCUCUCCUGCAUCAUAUCCAAAACCGCCCGCCUGCUCUCCAGCGAGGAUCGUGCCCGCCUUCCCGAGGAGCUGCGUGGGAUUGUGCAGAAGCGCUUCGAGCUCCUUGAGCACCGGAAGAACUGGGCCUCCAUGACUGAGGAUCAGCGGAAGGAAUACUUGAAGAAGAAGCGGGAGAAGUUGAAGGAGAAGCUGAAGGAGAGAGCCAGGGAGCGGCGGGUGAAGGAGAUGAUAGAAAAGUUGGAGAAGCAGAAGCGCUACGAGGACCAGGACAUCAAAGGGAACAACCUGCCCACCUUCAGGCUUGUGGACACUCCUGAGGGGCUCCCUAACACCCUCUUUGGGGAUGUGGCCAUGGUGGUGGAGUUCCUCAGCUGCUAUUCAGGGCUGCUGCUGCCAGACGCUCAGUACCCCAUCACGGCCGUCUCCCUCAUGGAAGCCCUGUGUGCUGAGAAGGGGGGCUUCUUAUACUUGAACAGGAUCCUGGUCAUUCUCCUGCAGACCCUGCUGCAGGAUGAGAUUGCGGAGGACUACCGUGAGCUGGGCAUGAAGCUGUCGGAGAUCCCCCUCACCCUGCACUCUGUUUCUGAGCUAGUCCGCCUGUGCCUGCGCAAGUCAGAUGUGCAGGAGGAGAGCGAGGCCUCAGAGAACACGGAGGAGAACAAGGACCUGGCUGCCUUUGAGGACAACGAGGUGCAGGAUGAGUUCCUGGAAAAGCUCGAGACCUCAGAGUUCUUUGAUCUGAGUUCUGAGGAGAAGCUGCAGAUCCUCGCUGCCCUCUGCCACCGGAUCCUGAUGACCUACUCUGUGCAGGACCACGUGGAGUCCAAGCAGCAGAUGUCAGCUGAGCUGUGGAAGGAGCGGCUGGCCGUGCUCAAGGAGGAGAACGAUAAGAAGAGGGCAGAGAAGCAAAAGCGGAAGGAGAUGGUGGCCAAGAGCAAGGAGAAUGGCAAGGAGGAGAGCAGCUAUACAGGGAAGGGGGAGAAGAAGAAAGGAGAGGCUGUGGCAGCAGUGGCAACAGAGAAAGGGGUGAAGAUGGAGCCACGGGUGGAGUUGGAAGCGGAAGACAUGAUCAGCGCUGUCAAGAGCAGGAGGCUACUGGCCAUGCAGGCCAAGAAAGAGAAGGAGCAGCAGGAGAUGCAGAUGAGAGUGAAGCUUGAAAGAGAAGCAGAGGAGGAGAGAAUCCGCAAGCACAAAGCUGCAGCUGAAAAGGCUUUCCAGGACGGCAUUGCCAAAGCCAAGCUGGUCAUGCGCAGGACACCUAUUGGCACAGACCGUAAUCACAACAGGUAUUGGCUGUUCUCUGAUGAAGUUCCCGGGCUGUUCAUAGAGAAAGGCUGGGUACAUGAUGGCAUCGACUAUAACUUCAUGCCUCCUCACAAGGAGGAGGAGGACGAUGAGGAGGAAGAGGAGGAGGAGGAAGAGGACGAUGACUACCACCAACAAGACACUCAGGAGAGCCUGGUGGAGGGCAGCAUCUUGAACACUCCGCAGGGCGCCCUACUCAUCCCGGAAGUCCCUGUGGAGACCACGGCGCCGAAGCAGGGACAGAACCUGUGGUUUCUCUGUGACAGCCAGAAGGAGCUGGAUGAGUUGCUGGCCGCCUUGCACUCGCAGGGGAUAAGAGAGAGCCAGCUGAAGGAGCGACUGCAGAAGAGAUAUCAGGACAUCACUCAUUCCAUUCACUUGGCUCGGAAGCAGAACCCAGGUCUGAAGUCUUGUGAUGGCAACCAGGAACUGUUGAACUUCCUGCGCAGUGACCUCAUCGAAGUAGCCACCCGGCUGCAGAAGGGAGGCCUGGGAUACAUCAACGAGGCAGAGUUUGAAGCCAAGGUUUGCACACUGGAGAGCCUGAAGGAUUUCGGGGAGUGUGUGGUUGCCCUCCAGGCCAGCGUUAUUAAGAAGUUCCUGCAAGGCUUCAUGGCCCCCAAGCAGAAGAAGAGGAAACAUCAAGGCGGGGAGGAUGCUAUUGCCAAGGCAGAGGAGGUGGAUGAAGAGAAGAGGGUGGCGGAAGAAGCCAAGGUGGCUUCCGCCCUGGAGAAGUGGAAGCUGGCCAUCGGGGAAGCGCAGACCUUCUCGCGCAUGCACGUGCUGCUGGGCAUGCUGGACGCCUGCAUCAAGUGGGACAUGUCGGCCGAGAAUGCCAGGUGCAAAGUCUGCCGCAAGAAAGGUGAAGAUGACAAGCUCAUUUUAUGUGACGAGUGCAACAAGGCCUUCCAUCUCUUCUGCCUGAGGCCGGCCCUCUAUGAGAUCCCCGAAGGCGAGUGGCAGUGCCCAGCUUGCCAGCCUUCUGUUGCCAGGCGCAGCUCCCGGGGCAGAAACUAUGCUGAAGACUCUGUGGAAGAGGAGAGUGAUGCUGGGGAGGAGGAAACCGAUGAAGAAGACGACGAUGAAGGGGAAGAGGAAGAGGAGGAAGACUAUGAGGUGGCUGGAUUAAAACUGAGGCCCAGGAAAGCAGCCAAGGGGAAGCAAGGAGGCCCAGCGGCAGACCCUCCGAGGCGGAGCCGGCACCAAGGGAAGAAAAGGGCCCUGCACGGCACUCGAAGUUCCCGGCAGCGGCCGGCUCCUGUCAGCGAAGCAGACAUGGAUGAGCUGAUGUACCCAACAAAGAAGAUAUCUCGCCGGCAGAACCUGGAGCUGCAGAAAUGCGAAGAAAUCCUCAACAAGCUUGUCAAGUAUCGCUUCAGCUGGCCUUUCAGGGAGCCGGUGACCACUGAGGAGGCGGAGGAUUACUUUGAGGUGAUCAGCAGCCCCAUGGACUUCCAGACCAUGCAAAGCAAGUGCUCGUGCGGCAGCUACCGCUCGGUGCAGGAUUUCCUUUCCGACAUCAAGCAGGUUUUCGCCAACGCCGAGCAGUACAACCAGAAUGGCAGCCAUGUCCUCUCUUGCCUGGAGAAGACGGAACAGUGCUUGAUUGACAUGAUGCACAAACACCUCCCUGGCCACAUGUACUCGCGACGGAAACACAAGCGGCCUCUGGCCCCACCUAGCCAGGGACUGGAGGAGGCGGAUGGGGACAGCGACCCCGAGGCACUGGAGUACUCAAGGGGGCGGAAGAGGAAGAAAUGAAGGGCCGCCCCCCCUCCACGUUCCGGACGGGAUGCGGUUGGAGCCGGCUUUGCGCAGGCUGCAGCGAAGGGAGCUGGGAGGCGGCAGGGGCCACCUGGCUUUCCCUCAGCUCGCUCUAGCUUAAUUCUCAGCAACUUCCUGAAAGCAUUUGAUCAGCCCUCGACUGGGAAAGAUGGCUUAGUAAUUCUUCAGCAGCAGCACAGGCAAUUCUUGCAGGUUUUUAGAAGGCAGGAGGUCCAGGGGGAUAAGUGGAGGAGGUCCCCUCUAGCCUGGGCACAGCAGGGGGUGGGACGAGGGUCUCCUGGACCAGAAUGGUCACCUUCCUCUCCUGCAGUCCUGGCAGCCAGGGACAGGUCCAGGCUGCCACGCUCCACUUCGGAUGCCCAACCCCAUAGGCUGACGGAUUGUCUUUCUUGACCAGCCCCCUUGAGCAGAAGAAGAAGCCGCCUUGGAGGGCAGGCAAGCACUUACUUUUCCAGAGUGACUCCCCCUUUUUUUCACCAGCAUCUCUGUGCAGACCAGCUUUGGGGGUGCUUGUCUCUCCCCAGCCUCCUUAUUUUGGAUGCAGCAGAGGGAACGUUGAUCCCCCCAGCCUCUGGCCUCCCCUGCCCCAGGAGCAGAGUGUGAUAAAUCCUGCAGUUUGGCAGGAGGAACGCUGGUUCUCUGACUUUCAAUCUUUAUUUUUUUCUCUAGUUAAGAUUCUUGUUUCCAGCAGUGACCUUGUAUAAAACGCCUUGUAAGAUACAGUCGUCUUUGCUCUGACAUGUACUGUACAGUUUAUAUGAGGAUGUGUUUGCUUUAUAUUCCUUCCUCCUGGCCCCCUCUAUAAACCACUUGUUUUUUCUUAGAUAAAGUAGCUGGGAGUUGGCCCAGGGAACCCAUUGGGGUUGUACACUUCGUAGCUUCGUUCUUCCCUCUUUUCCUAGCCAUACCCCAUCCAGCCUGCCUUGUUCGUCUCCCCUUUCCUGAUGUUGGAGUCUGGAUUGGGUCAAAGGAGGGUCUCCUUUGCACAAUAAUCACCCAGGUGGAGAGGCAGUUCUUUUCUGCCUUGGCCACUUCACAGUCUUCUGUUUUGACUUUCCUCCAUUUCAAGCAGCAUUUAUUUCCCCACAACCUUUGAAUUCAAGGCUGUGGGAUUGCAAACAAGGAAUUCUCGCUCUCCUAGAAACAGGCCCUCCCUGGCCACCUUUUGCUUCUUCUGGGGCACGGGAGGAUGUGGUGCUGAGGACUCCAGCCUGGGCUCUAGCACUGACAGACACACCUCUGGCGUCACUUGCAACCUGCCCACUUUCUCCCCUUCAGUUUUUGUUCUAUCAAGCCCUACCAACCCCAUCCCUUUCCAACCUCUACACGAUGAAACAUUUUUGGACUACAUUUUUUUAAAGAAAAGGUUGUUUGUUGGGGGAGGGGGGAAUUCUGCUAAGGGCUGUACUUGUAAUAAAUUGGAAAUAUAAAAGCAAAACUUGUUUUU